UCCGGAUCAUAACAAAAACAUCUCUUCCCCCACGAAGAGUGCGGAGAAUCGAGUUUGCCCAAAAACUGAGAAACAUUCGUUCUAUCAGAAUCUGUGACGAAUAACAGAUGUCACGGCAAGUCGUGACCAUCCAAGCUGGCCAGUGUGGCAAUCAGAUUGGAUUCGAAUUCUGGAAGAAAUUGUGCCUGGAACACGGAAUCUCUCCGCAAGGUAUCGCGAUCAACCCUGACGACAACAUCGGAGAUUGCAAGGAUGUUUUCUUCUAUCAGGCCGAUGACAACCAUUAUAUUCCGAGAUCCGUCUUAGUAGAUCUGGAGCCUCGGGUGAUCAACACGAUCCUCAACUCAGAGCACGAAAGACUCUAUAACCGCGAGAACAUAUACGUGAGCAAAACAGGAGGUGGCGCGGGUAACAAUUGGGCGUCGGGCUACAGUCAAGGACACCAACUCAGAGACGAAAUCGUGGAAAUCCUCGAGAGGGAAACCGAGAAUGUUGAUUCGCUUGAUGCGUUCGUGCUGUGCCAUUCCAUAGCCGGCGGCACAGGAUCCGGUAUGGGCAGUUACAUAAUCGAGCAAGUGAAGGACCGUUUCCCCAAGAAGCUCAUCCAAACCUAUUCGGUGUUCCCGAAUCAAGACGACAGUGCUGAUGUCGUGGUGCAGCCCUACAACUCCAUGUUGACUCUCAGACGUCUGAUUGAAUUCGCCGACUGUUGCAUAGUUCUUGAUAACACGGCAUUGAACAGAAUUGCUUGCGAAAGACUCCAUAUACAGAACCCAUCGUUCGCGCAGGUCAACAACAUGGUGUCGAAUAUCAUGUCGCUCUCAACUGCUACUAUGCGUUUCCCGUCGGCGCUCUAUACCGAUAUCAAAUCAUUAUUGUUCCCGCUCAUCCCGGUUCAGAGUCUACAUUUUCUCAUGACAGGAUUCACGCCCUUGAUGAUCAACGACCAGGAACAGGCUGUCCAACGAACCACGGUCCUCGACGUCAUGAGAAGACUCUUGCAACAGAAGAACAUGAUGGUCUCGACGAACUUCAGCGGCAAUCAGCACUGCUACGUGAACUUGUUGAAUAUCAUUCAAGGCGACGUGGACACAUCCGAUUUACAUUCGUCGUUAACACGCUUACGUGACCGCCGAUAUGCGGCUUUCAUUCCCUGGGCACCAGCCGGCAUCCGAGUCUGCUUGUCGAGACGGUCACCCUACGUCAAGACGCCAUUCAGAGUUUCUGGGCUCAUGUUGGCCAAUCAUACGUCGAUAUCGUCCCUCUUCUCGAGAACCAUGUCGAUGUACGACAAACUCAUAAAAAGAGGCGCAUUCAUUGAGCAAUUCAGGAAAGAAGCUGGUAACGUCGACGUCAUGGGAGAGUUCGCCGCUGCGAAAGAGUCCGUCAAUAGUGCUAUCGAGGAUCAUCUGGCAGCAACCAAGAAGGACUUCAAUGAAUACUACAAGCAGAAAUACACGUCGAAAGCUGCUUGAUGGAUCAAGCCUCCGGAGAGAGUCAUGCCCUAUAUCAACGGCAAGGAAUUCGUCGUCGAAGACUCUCACUGAGGCAUCAGAAAAAGGACGCAGGCACUGGGCUCCCUGAUGAAUGUCGAUACGGAGGUAGUGCGGAACGUUGACGACCCGGAUACCGAUAAGAAUU